UCUUUCUUCUUCUCUCUUUCAAUUUUCAUUUUUUUCUUUCUUUUGGGAUGACUAGAACUAGCUACCUUUUCCAAAGAAUAAAUAAGGUAGCAUUGUGAUGGAGAAGGGAGGAAGCCAAAGUCAUGUUGGGUGUAAACCUUUGACGACAUUCGUACAAACUGACACGACAACAUUUCGGGAGGUCGUACAACGUUUGACAGGUCCAUCAGAAAGCCACACGAUGCAACCAAAGGCAUUUGGAUCAAAGAGGCCAACCACAGCCUCCAAACUCCAUGAAAGGAGGCACUUAACAAGACCAAAGCUGCAAAUUGUGAAACCAUGUCCUUCCCAUUUCAAGCCUACAACUGAACACCCUAGCUAUAUUACGAGCCCGGUUGGGACACCGUCGAAGAUCUUGUCGAAGCUAUCGAUUGGGGACGAAGAGAAAGAUCAGCUGAAUAAUAUGGAAGAAGAGAAGGCAAUCAAAGAAAGGAGAUUCUAUUUGCAUCCAUCUCCAAGGUCAAUGCCUGCCUAUGCCCAACCAGAAUUGCUUUCAUUAUUUCCUUUGGAAUCUCCAAAAACAAGUCAGUAA